GAUUGGCAAAAACACACUGAGAGGGGAGGGGGCAGAGCCCGGAAGAGUGUGUUAAGUUUUGCUGAACUGACAUGAACCUGCUCCUUUCCACAGAGGAAGCAGAGGUGGGUUCAUGUGAAGAGCCUGGAGCGCAGUGGACAGUAGUUCCUGCAGCUGAACUGCAGUGAGUGCAUACACUGGACACAGAAUUUUCUGGGCCCUUUUUCAACACAGCCAUGGGUCAGUUAUUCUCUAAUACAGCUAAGAAUGAAGACAGUGGAGAUUUGGAGUCCAGCUUCACUAAAUAUUUUAAGAAGAUUAAGACAGAAAACAAGAUUAUUUCUCAGGAAACCAUUCAUUUAAUAGAAUUUCAUCUGAAAAGAGGAAACAUUCGGGAGGCACACUCUGUAAUCAGUGAUGCAUUAAAAAAUAUUGAUAACACCCCAAUCAACAUUGCUGUGACAGGAGAGUCUGGAGCAGGGAAGUCCAGCUUCAUCAAUGCCCUGAGGGGGGUUAGAGAUGAUGAGAAAGGUGCAGCUGAAGUUGGGGUAACAGAGACAACCAUGAAGAAAACCUCAUACAAACACCCCAAAAUUAAAACUUUGACUUUAUGGGACCUGCCUGGUAUUGGAACUAUGAAAUUUCCACCAAAAGAUUAUCUGGAGAAAGUGAAAUUCCAAGAAUAUGACUUCUUUGUUAUUGUUUCUGCCACACGUUUUACAAAACUUGAACUAGACCUUGCCAAAGCAAUCAGAUUCAUGAAAAAGAAUUACUACUUUGUGAGAACCAAGGUGGACAUGGAUUUACAAAAUGAAAAGAAAUGUAAACCAUGUGCCUUUGACAGAGAAAAUAUCCUGCGGCAGAUCCGAAGCGCCUAUGUGAAUUCUUUUUGUGACAAUAACAUGGAUGCACCACAGAUUUUCUUGAUUUCCAACCACAAUUUAUCUGACUAUGAUUUUCCAGUUCUGAUGGGCACCCUGAUUCAGGAUCUUCCUAAUCAAAAGCGCCACAAUUUUAUACUUUCCUUGCCUAAUAUCACGGAGGCAGCCAUUGACAGAAAGCACAAGUCUAUGCAGCAGAUUAUCUAUUUACAAACCUCCUUACUUGAAUUGUUCACUGUUCUUCAUAUACCAGGCAAGGAGUGCGACAAGGAGAAGCUGGAAGCAAGUUUAAACCACUAUCGAGUCCUCUUUGGAGUGGAUGAUACAUCCUUGGAAUUCAUUGCUAAGGAUUCCCAAGUGCCUGUUGAACAACUGAAAAAAAUCAUUAAAUCUCCUUAUUUGUUUGAAACUAAGAAUAGGGAAAGACAUGAAGAAAAGUUUGUCCAAUAUUUAGAGAAACUGUAUAAUGGUAAGCUCCUUGUUAUAGAUCCUGACAUUGAGAAAAUCUUUUACUUUCAACGGAUUUUCCUUGACACAGUGACUGAAGAUGCCAAAGUUCUCCUUAGAGAGACAUUGAAAAAACUAGUUCAAACUCAACCUAUCCACAGCCACUGACUGUGGCAAUAUGAAAUGGUUAAUACCAGGUAGUCAUCAGAUAAAUUCCUCCUCUAAUGUAUUUUCUUUACACUGGCCAAUCCAUUACCACCAUGAGAAAACCUAAGCAUAAGGGUCAUGUGUAUUAAUAUGUCAGAACAUGACAAUCACCAAUACCUCUUCAACUCUC